AUGAGAAAUAAUAUCGAAAGACGAAUUUUAAACACAACCAAAUCACAAACUCGAAAGAAAACGGAAACAAAUGGAACGGAAUCGACAUUAUCUAUUCGAAGACUUGAGAAUUACAUUUCGACAAAACUCAUUGCACAGUUAAAAGACUUUUCUUUCCAUCUUGAGUCCUGCUCGUAUCUAUCUAUCGAUCUGUCUGUCUAUUUUUGUCAGCUCGUAUCUAUCUAUCUAUCUAUCUAUCUAUCUAUCUAUCUAUCUAUCUAUCUGUCUGUCUAUUUUUGUCUGCUCGUAUCUAUCUAUCUCAGCCUGCUCGUAUCUAUCUAUCUAUCUAUCUAUCUAUCUAUCUAUUUUUGUCUGCUCGUAUCUAUCUAUCUAUCUAUCUAUCUAUCUAUCUAUCUAUCUAUCUCGGUCUGCUCGUGUCUAUCUAUCUAUAUAUCUAUCUAUUUUGGUCUGCUCGUAUCUAUCUAUCUAUCUAUCUAUCUAUCUAUCUAUCUAUCUAUCUAUCUUUGUCUGCUCGUAUCUAUCUAUCUAUCUAUCUAUCUAUCUAUCUAUCUAUCUAUCUAUCUUUCUGCUCUAUCUAUCUAUCUAUCUAUCUAUCUAUCUAUCUAUCUAGUUUUGUCUGCUCGUAUCUAUCUAUCUAUCUAUCUAUCUAUCUAUCUAUCUAUCUAUCUAUCUCAGCCUGCUCGUAUCUAUCUAUCUAUCUAUCUAUCUAUCUAUCUCUAUCUAUCUAGUUUUGUCUGCUCGUAUCUAUCUAUCUAUCUAUCUAUCUAUCUAUCUAUCUAUCUGUUUUUGUCUGCUCGUAUCUAUCUAUCUAUCUAUCUCAGUCUCCUAGUGUCUAUCUAUCUAUCUAUAUAUCUAUCUAUUUUGGUCUGCUCGUAUCUAUCUAUCUAUCUAUCUAUCUAUCUAUCUAUCUAUCUAUCUAUCUAUCUUGUUCUGCUCGUGUCUAUUUAUCUAUCUGUCUAUCUAUCUAUCUAUUUUGGUCUGAUCGUAUCUAUCUAUCUAUCUUUAUAUAUAUCUAUGUAUGUAUGUAUCUAUUUUGCCUUCCGCAAAACCCGAUGGCCAACUACACCAGACAGCCCCUUUCGUUGCAAUUUCACGUUCCCAAUUGGCCCUUUAUCCGGCGCCAGCAUCCGUGCCUUAAUCAGCCGCAGAUCGAUGUGGUCCUCGUUCGAGUCCCCGUUGCGUAAACAUGAUUUUAGACCGUCUCUUGGAGGUUCUAUGUUCGCAGAAUUCUCUUUCGCCCACAGAUCCGAAACACCCGGGUUCUUUUUUUCUAACAAAAUCGAAUCGGAGGCAGCGUUCGACCUGCAGUGCGACAAGGCAUCGAUUCUUUGUUCUCAUUUCUCUCUCUCCCACACUUUCUCUCUCUUUCUCUUUCUCUCUCUCUCUUUCUCUCUCACUUUUUCUUUUUCUCACUCUUUCUCUCUCUCUUUCACUUUCUCUUUCUCUCUCUUUCUCUUUCUCUCUCUCUCUUUCACUUUCUCUUUCUCUCUCUUUCUCUUUCUCUCUCUCUUUCUCUCUCUCUUUUUUUUUCUCUUUCUCUCUCUCUCUUUCACUUUCUCUUUCUCUCUCUUUCUCUUUCUCUCUCUCUCUUUCACUUUCUCUUUCUCUCUCUUUCUCUUUCUCUCUCUCUUUCUCUCUCUCUUUUUCUUUCUCUCUCUCUUUCUCUCUCUCUUUCUCUCUGUCUCUCUCUUUCACUUUCUCUUUCUCUCUCUCUUUCACUUUCUCUCUCUCUCUCUCUUUCUCUCUCUCUUCUUUUCUUUUUUCUCUCUUUCUCUCUCUCUUUCACUUUCUCUUUCUCUCUCUUUCUCUCUCUCUCUUUCUCUCUCUCUUUUUAUUUUUCUCUCUCUUUCUCUCUCUUUCUCUCUGUCUCUCUCUUUCACUUUCUCUUUCUCUCUCUUUCUCUUUCUCUCUCUCAUUGUUUUACUUCGGUCCCUGAAACUUUCUGACACCCUUAUUAAUUGCAGAAGUUGUUCGCCGGAAGAAAUAAGGCGAACCUCUUCGCCUCCAUCAUAUCUCCAUCGACAGACAAGGCGAACCUCUUCGUCUCCAUCAUAUCUCCAUCGACAGACAAGCCGAACCUCUUCGCCUCCAUCAUAUCUCCAUCGACAGACAAGGCGAACCUCUUCGCCUCCAUCAUAUCUCCCUCGACUGACAAUGCGAACCUCUUCGCCUCCAUCAUAUCUUCCUCGACAGAUAAGGCGAACCUCUUCGCCUCCAUCAUAUCUCCAUCGACAGAUGUCGAACCUCUUCGUCUUCAUCAUAUCUCCCGCGACAGAUAAGGCGAACUUCCUCGCCUCCAUCAUAUCUCCAUCGACAGAUAAGUCGAACCUCUUCGCCUCCAUCAUAUCUCCCUCGACAGAUAAGGCGAACCUCUUCGUCUCCAUCAUAUCUCCAUCGACAGACAAGGCGAACCUCCUCGCCUCUAUCAUAUAUCCCUCGACAGACAAGCCGAACCUCUUCGCCUCCAUCAUAUCUUCUUCGACAGAUAAGCACGAUAAUAUCCUAUCUCUUCUUUCUUAA